AUGUAUGUUUAUGGUGGACGGCAUUUGGCAGUUGUAGGGCACUCUAGUGAUAUGUAUGAAUAUAAUUUUGAUACACCAAAUGGAGAAACAGCAACAAUGUCUUUGGUGAAACAGAUAAACCAAGGCCCCAGUUGUUCCUUUUGUGGUGCUGUAAUGAUCGAUGAUAGCCACAUGAUGAUACUGUCUCAUAAAUUUGCGAACUCCUCAGCUAGCUCUAGAGAAAGUAGAACGGUCGUUAGACCUUAUAUAUUUGAUUUUGUCAGCCUCACAUGGACUGAAAAAGAAGUUCCUACAUACAACCAAACGGACGAAAGUGCGUUUUACAUGAGGGCAAGACAUGGUACUGUAUUAGGCAAAGACGGGAUGAUAUAUGUAAUAGGCGGCACGAACUUUUACGAAGACAGAAACCCUUUAACAACGUCCUACUACUACGAUCCUGUCUUAAAUUACUAUGGUAUUAUCGACAAUAAUGGAUUUGAUUAUAAAACUAUAGGACCCAGUACAUUUAACCUACCGGAUGGAAACAUAGGCAGUGUUUUUGGAAGAUAUGAUGCCUAUUCGAGAAGUUAUAAUUCGGAUGCAACUAUGAUGGUGCUGCACACCAAAACCAAAACCUGGCAUGUAAAUCAGACAUUGUCGUUGCCAUCGAUGGAGAAUACACAGCGUUUCUACGAUUCUGACGAAGGAAUAGCAGCUCAGUUGAUUCCAAACACUGAUUGUGCUGUAUUUCCUGGUCUAUUUCAUGUUACUGACACUUCACUUAAAAUGAAAAAUAGAACAAAGACAUACGCUUUUAAAAAUCUAAACUUGAUCACAAAUACUUGGAAUGAUAUUCAGACAGAAACGUAUCAAAAUUUCCCACGUCAUAGUAUCUACGCGUCGUCAGUUGUUAUGUCUAACAGAUAUCUCGUUUUCGCCUUUGGAUUUGAUGAUCAGUACCCCAAUUCUCAUUCAUUCAAAGAUAUCGACAUAUUUGAUUUAUUAUACCAAAAGCCCGACUAUAAAAGUAUAUCCUCGGAUAACUUCUCGUUUGAAUGGGUUCCAACUAUUUCUCAAUAUAAAAGACUCGCUAUUUCUGGCACUGGAACCGAAAAAAAUUAUGCUUCAAAAAAAGACGUGCAUGCAGUUUUCAACAAAUCGUUAAUAUUUUCUGUAGUAGGAGAAAUUAAGCACAAAAUUAGAGCUGGUGAGACAUUUUCUACGCAGAUAUCCGGCUUGGUAACAAAUCUUAUAUUUGUCGUGCUACUUAUGCUAUUUGUUGCAUAUUUUGCAUAUAGUAUUAUUAAUAGUUCUGUAUCUUCCACAGAAGAAUCCUUCGAGGCAAAUGAUGUUCCUUUCCCUGAUGUUCGUAUUUGCUACAAUGGAUGGAUUUAUCGUAGCUACAAUGAUACGGAUGGUGAAUUCCCUUACUUUCAAUGCUCAAAAGCAUCUAACCCGUAUGGAUUCGACUAUUGUGAAGAUGUUCACAAACUCCCAAGAUCUAUACUUAGCCCAAAGUUCAUGGCAAGUGAUACUAAAUGCCAGAUGUAUGCUUCCCCAAAAGACAAAUUGAAUUAUAUUCAUCAAAACGUUUACCUUGAAUUUGACCAACUUGGCGAAGCCCCAACUUAUUUUGGCGAGUCAAUUCAUAUUCAACUCUAUGAACCGACUAAAAACCCUAACCGCGUAGUUUUUGAUAUAUCACCUUUCCCUCAUCAAUAUAGCGCAGAAUAUUUGGAUAAUUGGAUAGAUUUUCAACUCAAUAAUAGUUUUGUUCAUGGAACAGCAGCGCAAAAAGUUACUUUAGGCGGGUUGGCAGGUGCCAGCCUUCAUUUCAAAAUAACUUACACUCAAAAAAUCGACCCCGACAGCCUUUGGAAUUUAAUGGGAAUUUUUCCAAAAUAUAUUCAGCUUUCAGAUAUCAGUAUUGUCAACACAGCAUACCAACUUAAUACCAUAAGCAUAUACCCUUUAGACCAACAGAAAACAGUGAUCACAGAAAAAAGGGAUGUAACUAUUAUGUCGACUCUCGGUGUUUUAGGAGGUAUCGCCAGUAUGUUAAUAACCAUAAGAGCUCUUUUGUUUGGUGCAAGACCACCAAAUCCAUGGGGUGUUUUUCAAAGCCUUUCUUUCAAAUUAAGUUGGGGACAGAGUAAAUCUAAAACUUUGCAAAAAUAUUUUCGUAUUCCUGGUGUAGACAAUAUACCCUUUGCAACACCUGUGCACCAUCGAUUUUCCGAUAUCUAUACUCUAAACAAAGAUCACAGUUUGGCGCCGGAUUCUAGCAAAUCACGUAACCAAGAAAAGGACGGCUUAUUUAGUGAGGUAUCUGCUUCUGAUACACAAAUAGAAAGCUCUUCCAUUCAUAGCGGCACCGAGAACGAUAAAAAUAAAGAAUCAAGCAAUUCCUAUUAUAAUGUGCACGAAAGAUUGGAACAACUUGAAGCCAGAAACCAAAUUCUCGAGUUGGUAUUAAAAGCUUACUAUAUUGAUGAUAGAAUAUUUAGCGAGAUACAUAAAAAUAGUAAAAAAGAAGUUAAUACGGAAAGUACCCCGUUGUCAGAAGAAGAAAAGGAAAAUUGA